UGACAGAUAGUACUAGUCUAUGGAUAGUACCUUGACAUUGUUAAACUUCAAACCUGUGCUUCAAACAAAACAAGUUGAAAUCAAAUCGAUCAAAUCAUUGUUUGCAAAUAAUUUGGACAUUUCGUACUUCGUUGGAUCAUCGAUCGAGUGCUGUUAUUAUCAGCAAGUUAAAAGAGCUGGUACAUAUUUCAAGAUGGUGUAUCUGAUGGCAGCCACAGUCAAGCAGAUUAAUUUAUAUGACCGUGUCAAGAAAUUAUUAGUGUCAUAUGAAUUGAGUGAUUGCACCUUUUCUGUUGCUAAUCAAAAAUUUAAAGCACACAAAUUAAUACUAGGUGUCACUAGUCCUGUUUUUGAAGCAAUGUUUUAUGGUCCACUGGCUACUGAUGGUGAUGGUGAUAUCGAAGUACCAGACAUUCAACCUGAGAUUUUUCAAUUAAUCCUCAAUUAUAUUUAUACUGAUAAAGUAGAAAUUAGUGGUGUUGAGAAUGCUUUUGAUUUGUUAUAUGCCUCAAGAAAAUACCUGCUAGAGCAUCUGAGUGAGAUGUGUGUCACUUACAUCCAAAAUAAUAUAAGUGUUGACAAUGUGGUUGAGAUUUUGAAUUAUCCAGACUAUUUACAAGACAAAAAACUUGUAUCAUAUUCUCUGAAUCUAUUCUGUCAGCAUGCUAGCUUCAUACUACAGGAGAAGAAGGAGUCUAUAAGUUAUCACUGUAUGAAAGCAUUUCUUGAGUGUGAUCAUAUGAAUAUAUCUGAGAAAGAUCUCAUCAAACAUGUUUUCGAGUGGACUUUGUAUUGCUGUGAGCAAAAUGAGAUCCUUGAUAUGUUUGAGAAUAGACGCGAAGUCCUUAAAAAAUAUGGUUUAUUGAAAUUAUUAAGAUUUCAAGCACUGAAACUAUCUGAACUUGAGGAAAUUGUAGCCAAUGUAAAUAAUCUAUUACUCCCUAACGAAUAUGAGUCUAUAAAAGAGAAUCUCAGAAGUGGUAACACAUCUCAUGAUGUACUUGAUUCAAUUGCCAUGAUUAAUAUACCAAGGAAUUCAUUAAACCUAAACUGGCACUUUUGUAUUCGGAGUCCUGUAAGGUCAGUACCACCAAUGAUUAUUGAUUCAAAUAAUUUUGCUAUUCAUUGUCGGGUAAAAGCUAAAACAUCUGUAUUUAUAAAAUCACUUUGUAUACCAACAAGAAUGGCGCCACCAGUUCUUUACCGCACCAAUAAUGUUAAAAUAUAUGUAGAGGAGUUUGUUUUGUCUAUAACACGUGAAUUAAAUGACAAAGAUAACUUACGCCAAAACAUUAAUAAAACUGUUGAAUUUGAUACAUUGGUUGACAUACAAUUGGCAGAACCUUUCUUCAUAAAGAGACAUGAGUGGUACAAAAUCAGUUUUGUUUGGGCUUAUAACAAGCCUAAUCCAAAUUCAUAUCUUGUAGAAUUUAGGGAGACACAUUAUACUGGACACAACGUAACUUUCGAGUUUGAUGAUCUCCCAAUUAAAUCUGGAAGUCGCAGACAUGUCUGUGCUGGAAGUAGUGGUAGUUUUGUAAGUGGUUUCAAAUUUUGUUUAUAAAGAUGGGCCGUGUCUCACUUUAUAUUUUAAUUAGGUACUUUAAAUACUGAUAAAUCUUAGUCGUUUCUAAGUAGUUAUUUAUUGUGUAUGGCAUUGGCGUAACUACAGGUUAGCAAGUCCAAGAAUUAUUUUUUUAUAUUGAGAAAAUGGGCUCCUCCAAUGAAUUUGCCAUAGGCUCCGGCCGGUAUAGUUACACCGCUGGUGUAUGCUGACAUUGUUUAAAAUGUAAGGUACAAUAAUGUAUUUUUAACAUAAAUAUUAACUGUAUUUUGAAUAUAUGACUUAUUCGUCAACUUGCUAAGACAGGUGAAACAAUUAGGUAAUUUUAUACAGUUUACUACAAAAAAAUUUCAUAAUGUGCCGCACAUAGUGCCCCAUAUAGACAAGAAAUAGAAAAUAUUUAUUACUAAAAGGUAUAAACUAUGACUAUUUUCAUUUUUAAAUUUAGUUAUUUAAAAUCUAACAGUAGGUAUUAGGACUUCAUAACUUAGUUAGAGGUGUUUAAAAAAGAAGAGAAUACAUGUCUUCGUACAGUUUGAAUACAAAAUUGUUUUAAAUAAUUUAGAUUGUGUUUAGGUUUCACUGAACGAAAUCUACUUAUUCUCUCCUAUAAGUUUCUGUAUAUCUAUCUAGAUAUAUCUAUAUAUUUUCCAUUUCUUCUCGCAUUAUGUGGAGUAACGUUUAAAAAUUUUAUGAUAAAUUCUUAUUGCCAACUGUACAAAUGUACCUAGUACUUUUACCUGUCUCAGCGAGUUGACGACAUCAAAAAUAGGUAAAAUAGCAAGAUCAUUCGCGGGCACGCGCGAGUGUGGUGACGAAUAAAUCUUAAAAUGGCACUUGGAAGCGUAACUAAUAAAAAAAAAUUUUUUUUGGCAUAUCUGUUAUACGAACUGCCAGUAUUAUCCGAAUCCAGCGUGCGUAUCUAUACAUAGUCAUUAUCAUACAAACUACAAGACGUUCACUGCAGAAUACUAACUAGGUACAUACGAUAAAGGAAAACAACGUGAGGAAACUUUGACCCGAAGCAAUUCUGAAUCUAGUUGACUGUACAACAGACUAAAACACGUUUGUCAAUGACUGAUAAUCAGACCAUGUAUCCUUACGUAGCUUGUUCAUGUAAAUAAAAUCGAUGCUUUAAUUCACAUUUGCACUAACUACAAAAAAAUUACUUUUUUAGUGCCAAAUACAUUAAAUUAAAUACCAGAAACAGGGUCUAAGGUGCAUUAAUUGAUUAUUAUUUCAUGAAUGUGGUAUUAUUUUAUAUUGGUGUAUUUAUUUUUGUAAAACCUAUCAAGAUAUAGGUACCUAUCUAUAUACAUCUGCAAUUUUUAUGUGAUUGUGAAUAAAAAAAAUGUUUUUACUGACUUUAGAAAGAAUAAAAGAAGGAGGGUCUCGGCUUGACCUAUAUUAGGUAUAUAUGUGCGUGCGCGUUUAUCUGGCGAUCGGCUAAACCGAUUGUGAUGCGGUUUUCAGAAAGGUGUUUGUUACACUUACCUAAAGGGUGUUAGUAUAUUAAUGAUUAGACUUCAAAAUAAGAGUUGUAGCUUUUUUUAAGCGUAUAUUAUAAGAGAAUUGUAUAAUAAAAAUUAACAUUAUGAAUAUUGA